AUGGCGGAUAAAACCCAUAAUACAGAUUCUUCUAGCAGUAAUGUACAAGUACCUCGUAAAGCAUCUAAUUCUCUUUUCUUGACUGUAUCGUCUCCAAUAGAAGUAAAUAGUAACAUACUUGUUCUUGUUCCAGAAAUUUCGAGAACUCUGAGAGAUACUCCUCCUGCACACCAUACAUUGAAGAUCGAGUCAUUCUCACAGUUGUCCAGUUUGCUCAGAGACGACAAGAUUGACAAAUACGAAUCCCAUGAUUUUGAAGCUGGCGGCUACAGAUGGAAAUUGGUGCUGUAUCCUUAUGGAAAUGCGAAAAGAGGAGUAAAUGAUCACAUUUCUCUUUAUUUAGCCAUGCAAGAGGCAAAAGCAAUUCCUCCUGGUUCCCAGGUUGACUUGACCCUCAAAUUAUUUGUUUAUGAUAAUAUUCGAGACAAGCUCUUGACCAUCCAAGAAGACAAAAUGAGUCGUUACCAUUGUUUAAAGACUGAAAAUGGUUUUGACAGACUAAUCUCUCUCGAGAUGUUCAACGAUUCUUCUAAUGGAUAUCUUGGUAAUGAUUGCUGCUUGUUUGGAACCGAGGUUCAUGUCAUAAAAAAUGAAGGUAAUAGGGAGAAAAUUUCCAUCAUAAAAGAACCUAAGAACGGUACUUUUACGUGGAAGAUUGAAAACUUCUCAACAUUACUCAAACUUCUCAUCAUAUCUCUUUACAUGAGUGAUUAG